AUGUGGGUCGACCCGGAUGUCGUAAUGGACCCAUUCAUACUCAGCCUUGCUUUGAAAGCGUGCGGCCUGAAUGUAAAUCUGCGUUACGGUCAAGGGCUGCACGGGUACUCCGUGAAAUCCAACUUCAUCUGCUCGGUUUUUGUCGGGAGUUCGGUCCUCGACAUGUACAUGAAGAACGGAAGAAUUCUCGAGGGGUUUGCAGUCUUUAACGAAAUACCGUCAAGAAAUGUGGUAUCUUGGACAGCUGUCAUCACAGGCCUCGUCCGGGCAGGUCUCCACUCCCGGGGGAUUUUAUAUUUUUACCAGAUGUGGAAAAAUGGGGUCGAGUAUGAUUCCUACACGUUUGCCAUUGCACUCAAGGCUUGUGCUGAUCUCGAGCUGUUGCACAACGGGAAAGAGAUUCACGCCUGCAUAUUAAAAAGAGGUGUAGAAACAACGACAUAUGUAGCCAACAGCCUUUCCACAAUGUACAAUAAGUGCGGGAAAGUCGAAUACGGCUCGUUUCUAUUCGAGCGCAUGACUAAACCGGACGUGGUCUCUUGGACGUCCAUGAUAACAAGAUACAUCCAGACAGGCCAAGAGAAACAGGGGAUUAAUUCUUUUUCGCGCAUGCGAGCAUGCGGGAUAAGCCCCAACGAGUACACUUACGCGGCAGUUAUUUUGGGAGUCGCGAAUCUCGAGUGGGGCCAGCAGCUGCACGCGCACGCUCUGCUCGUGGGUCUCGCAGAAUCUCUAUCGGUAUCGAAUUCUAUCAUGACCAUGUAUUCAAAAUGCGGGCUUCCCGAUUCUGCCCUCGAAAUCUUUCGCCAAAUGACCGCAAGAGACGUAAUCUCCUGGAGCACGAUCAUCGCAGGCCAUUCUCAGGGGGGCCACGCGGAGGAGGCCUUCGAGCUGUUCUCGCAAAUGAGGAAAGAAGGCCCGAGGCCCACUGAGUUCGCUGUGUCAAGCGUGCUGAGUGUUUGCGGCAGCAUGGCUAUUCUCGAUCAAGGCAAACAGUUCCACGCGUACGUUUUAUCCGUUGGCCUCGACCAAACGGCCAUGAUCCCGAGCUCCCUCAUAAACAUGUAUUCGAAAUGCGGUUGCAUUCUAGAGGCUGCGAAAGUAUUCUCGCUUACCCUAAACGACGAUAUAGUCUCGUGGACGGCCAUGAUCAACGGAUACGCGAAGCACGGAUUGAGUCGGGAAGCCAUCGAAUUAUUCGAGAAAAUCCCGGACGCGGGCCUUCGGCCCGACUCGGUGACUUUUAUUGACGUCCUCGGCGCGUGUAGCCACGCGAGGCUCCUCGGUCUGGGGUCCCGCUAUUUCGACUCCAUGAUAGAAAAAUAA